AUGGCCCUAUUUUAUUGUCCAUCAAAGUUACAAAAAACAACACUCCUUGUGAUUCUUUCCAAUAUGGUGUAUUAUUUAUGUAAUAAACAUUUGGAAAUUAUACUUAAUAUUUCAAACGAACACUUAAAUAAUCUUCCAAAGUGUUCAUCCUAA